AUACUUUUCCAUUUUUUUCUCAACAAAAACCCCAUUCACAAAAGCUUCAUUCUUCAAUUUCCACCUUUUUUUUUCUCUUUCAUUUGAUGGAAUCUUCAUUGCCGGUGGAGGAGCUUACUUCCGGCGCUAGUGGCCGGAUAAUUCCUCUUUUCAAAAAUCUUCGCCGGUCAGUUUUUUCAUACCAAACUUACCGGAGACUAAUUAUAUUUAUAGAGUCUAUUUUCCUAUGGGUAAUUCUUCUGUCUCGAUGGAGGUUCUCCACGUCACCUUCGUCUCCUCCGCCUUCGCCGUCUGCAGCUACUACGACGGUGUUGGGGAAGAGGAGGAAAUUUGCUCUGCGGAGGGAUGAAGAGGAUACGCAGAGAAGGAGGGCACUUGCUGAGGCGUUAGAUAUGGUGGUUGAGAAUGAUGGUGUGAGCUGCCGUUGGAAUACGUCUUUGUUCUUUGGGGCUCGUCGGAAUGCUUUGUUUUGCCGAUCGUGGUUUCCGGUUACAGAUGAAUUGAGGGGCAUAAUUAUCAUCAUCCAUGGACUGAAUGAGCACAGUGGACGAUAUGCUCAUUUUGCUAGGCAACUGAACUCCUGCAACUUUGGGGUGUAUGCAAUGGACUGGAUAGGGCAUGGAGGGAGUGAUGGAUUACAUGGAUAUGUGCCAUCUUUGGACCAUGUUGUGGCAGACACAGGGGCUUUCUUGGAAAAGGUCAAGUUUGAGAACCCUGGUAUACCAUGCUUCCUUUUUGGUCAUUCAACGGGAGGAGCGGUGGUCCUAAAGGCAGCUUCUUAUCCACACAUUGAAAAUAUGCUGGAGGGCAUCAUAUUGACUUCACCAGCAUUGCGUGUGAAACCUGCAAAUCCUAUUGUUAGUGCUGUGGCACCAAUUUUUUCAUUGGUUGCACCUAGGUACCAGUUCAAAGGUUCUCACAAAAGGGGAAUCCCUGUUUCAAGGGAUCCUGCAGCACUGGUGGCUAAGUAUUCUGACCCUCUAGUGUAUACUGGGCCUUUGAGGGUGAGGACAGGACAUGAGAUUCUGCGCAUCUCCUCUUACUUGAUGAGGAACUUCAAGUCUGUCACUGUCCCAUUCUUAGUCCUUCAUGGAUCUGCUGAUAGAGUCACUGAUCCAUUGGCUUCUCAAGAUUUGUACAAUGAGGCUGCUUCUGAAUUCAAGGACAUUAAACUUUAUGAUGGAUUCUUGCACGAUCUUCUAUUCGAGCCUGAGCGUGAAGAAAUUGCCCAGGAUAUCAUUGAUUGGAUGCACAAGAAGUUAGAUUCUGGCAAUCUUGAAAAUGUGUAUAGUCAGUGCUAGUUUUCUAAAUAAUUAGUGUUUUGAUUGAUCAAGGGGAUGCUGUUAUAUUUAUUUAUUUGAUCAGUUAUCCUACUUUAUUUUUAGCUUCCUGCUUCUC